AUGGAGCCGUCGACCAAGGCCGACGCUAUCCCUACUGCGUCUACACAGCUCCCAACGAAUGCGCACCCAACACCGACUGUUGCUUCAUCCAUAGCGCUCGUUGAUGAACAUAUCGUAUCCUCUGAUGCAUUCAGUGGAACGAUAGAAGCGAUGCAACAAGUCGUCGUCCCAGCCACGCAGCUGGACGUCUCUGCCCCGGCUUCUGAGGCUACCGAGGACUCUACAGAUUCUAAUAGGCGAGGAAAAGGAGUGGGAAGGAGGCUGACCGAUCGACAGCGUGUGGAGAUUCUAGAUAUGAUGGAGAAAAGUAGCGGUAGCUUGUCGAACGCCGAAAUCGCAAGACGCUACGGCAUUACGCGUGCGGCCAUACAGAAGCUCAAGCAGAAAGGUUCUGAGGUGCGAGCUCGUUACCGCUACGGCAGUGCUGAGACUAGGGACGGUCGAAAACGAGGGGGCCACGUUUUGAGUGUGCCUUUUGAACGAGAGUUGUUUGAGUGGGUAAGAGGACUUAAGGCGCGGAAAGUGCCGGUACCGCCGUCUCUUGUCAAGGAGAAGGCUAAGUUAUUGGUGCCUAAGUAUGGACUAGGAAAUUUCCAGGCAUCUAAUGGAUGGUACUACAAUUUCUGCAAGCGAUUUAACUUGUCUACAGGCGUGUUGGUGGAGGAGAAGCCACUUGCACCUACACCUGCAGAUGUAGCGACGACCGAUGCCAAUGAUACGAGCAUAGACGCAGAUCAAUCGCAACUCCAGCAAAUGACAAUCAAUGCGUUGGACCAUCAAACGUAUGAGCAGCAACUGCAGCAGUACCACCAGCAAAUGGCAGUAAUUUCUGCUGUAACCCAACAGCAACAGCAAGUGCAGGUUCAGGAGCAAGAACAGGAGUGUACCAUUCAGGGCAACCAAUCCGACAGUGAUCGAAUCAUAGAGCUUCUCGAGCAGCAAAAUGUCAUCCUCGAGCACCAGAAUGCAAUGAUUGAAGACCAAGCCAAGACUAUUAAAAAGCUUUUCACGAUGGUGACUAAGGACGGCACGGCACUUUAA